AUGAAUUUUCCAUGGCCUUCACUAGGAGGAUUCGCGCAGACGCCUACUUUGCCCAGUGCAACAGCGUACUCAGUAACGCCACAUCAUUUCUCGUUUAACCCGUCCAUGGGUAUUACUGCUCCACAUACCUUCGACGCUCAGAUACUAAGGGCUGUCGGUGAGCUUCCCAACGAUGAGGAAGUCCUCGUCAGUGCCCUAUGUGCUGGUCGACAGAAGGGUUUGAGCGUUUACGACAGUUUCAACGAGAUACACACGGUCAACGGUCACACUGCGUAUCAAUGGAGAGAGUAUUACCUGCAGCACCUUCAUAGCCUCAACCAACGCAUAGAAAUCAUUGCUGCUCCUCGAAGUCUCUCCGAUGAACCAUCUGGAUUUUCGAACUCCCCAUCUUCCUCUCCAACGGCUGCUGCUAUCCCUUCGGAGUCAGAAUCAGAAUCAGAAUCAGACACCGAAUGGACCCACCGACGUGUGGCAACAUCUAAGAAACGACGCCACAUCACGCCAGACUCCGACGAGUACCCGUUUCCCUUGCCGGUCCCCAGGGUCCCAAAGCGACCUAUUCCUCUUCCUCACAAGCCAAAGAAGAGCACCAUUCUCUUUCCUGCUCCUCGUCCUCACGGUUUGCAACAUUCGGGACGUCCCAAAAUCUCCUUCUUUCCCACUCCGAAGCCCAAACUUCUUCAAGAUACUAUCCGCCACGCAGGACGUAUCCCGAAUGCCCCUACCGAGGCACCCACUCCGCCUACAGCAGUUUUGCUAGGCACGCAAAAACACAAAUUCUCAGAGGACGACACGGAAUAUAUGAUCAAGUCAUUUGCCUAUCACUUGAACCAAGACGCGACGCUUCUUCGAGCUGACAUAUGUUCUCGUUUGGCGGAACAGGCACCACAUCAUAGUCUUGCGUCCUGGACGAAUCGCUCCCUGGAGUUGUCCAUCAUCCACAACAUGCUUAGGCGUGCUGCAGGUUUCCCUAUACCUGACUCCGAAUUUGACGUCCUUCUCGAGCUCCCCAUGAACAACGAGAGAUCCGACUCCGCUGGUCGCAAGCGCCGUCCUACGCAGAAGAGGCCCAGUCUCGAGACAUUAAACCUGUCUCUGAAGUCGAAACCCGAAUGGACCAUGCGGAACGAAGGUCCCGAUCUGGAGUCUUCGGAAGAAGAGCUGAAUGAAGGUGACCAUGGGUUAGUGUAUACUAUGGCAGAGCAGCGCAUAAUGGCAAAGCAUAUGUCGACGUACACCAUUAGCGAAUGGGGCGGCGGCCCGAUGACUAGAAAGCUUUGGGAGCCGAUAAUGCACAAGUUGCCUGGGAGGACGCUGGAAGCUGUGCGAUCUCGGUAUAGAUUGGAAGAGACAAGAUUUCUUUUGCUGGCAGAUCGCUACCGCAAGAGGCGUCGGAGACGUGAGAAAGGCAUGAACUCUCCGUCAAGGUGAUGCAAUUGUCCCCUCAAAAACUGCGUGUCUGCAUCCACUUGUACGCUGUCUACGCGCUCGUUCCAUGGUCUCUUAUCUCUGCCUAUGAACAACUUGGAUAUCGAGCUACAUUUCCGUGAAUCCGUAAAUACUCUCUGUUUGUGGUACGCCCAUAUGUCUUCCUCUUGCUUUCGUCUCGCAACUCUCCGCAGCUCUCCGUCGUACUUGUCGCUUGUGUUUUUGACUUUAUGUGCGCUCUGUUCGUCAUGUCGUUUCCGUUUGUGUACAAACUAUCAAGUUAUGUCUAUCGUC